AUGGGCUGCGCCGUUGCAGCCCAGAACAUGUCCCUGUGUGACAAAUACACCACAGCGCUUCUAAUGGAUAACAACGCCACGAACCAGUACACUCUGCUGACACUGCUUGUCAACACUGUCGUCAUUGGCAACUAUACCCAGCCCAACAAGAACGCUGUUCCAGGUAUUCUGGCCAAGGGCACAUACGAAGGCGAAGAGGUCAACCUCCUGCCCUACUUCGAUGGAACACUGAAGUCAAGCAACCGCGGUGGCUCCUCAGGGGUUGCCAUCAACUUCCUUGACGGUGGAGGUGCUGCUCCGUUGAUGGAGAACAAGCCCGCCAACAACGAGACUUCCAACCAAUACUUCCUCCUCACCCACCUCUACCAAUUCUUCGGCACACUGCUUGCCUGCUCCGGCUCCGGCUCCAUGGGCUUCCCCGCCUACGCCGGCCACGACAUGGCCUCGGCUCACGCCUUCAUGAACCUCGAUCCUACCGAACUCGGCUACUUCAUCCAGCAGGUCGGCCUCGCAGCCACCUCCUUCGGUGUCACUGAAGACGAUGUUACCGCCGUCGCGACGGCUCUCAACAAGCUUUUCGGAUACAGGUGCAGCCCGCCUACCACGGUGAUCCCUGAGCAGGGUGCUACGCUCAACAGCAUCUGCCAGAACGACAAGUGCCCGCUCGACCCCAUGGCUACGUGCGCUGCCUACCCCAACAACGGAACCGCGAUGGAGCCGCAGCCCGCGAGCAUGUCGAACGGAACUAUGCCGUCUUCUACUGGAAUGAGCCCGUCGGCUACGUCGACGAUGGGUGGACCGGCGUUCACGGGUGCUGCGGUGUCUGAGCGCGCAGGACUUGCGGCGAUGGUUGGUGGUUUGGCUCUUGCGAUGGCUUUGUAG